AUGGCCAUUCCUCUCGAUGCCAGCCCCAAAAACGGUGUGGAAAAGAUGCCCAUCGCCGGCGGCGUGGUGAGCACACUCAGCAUCGCCAAAGCCACCAUCGCGGCAAUCGAGUCCUCCAAUACCGAGAGCAAGAACGGCACGGGAGACGUCACAGGGCCCAGCGGAGUCGCCGCUGAGCAACAAGCCAAAGCAGGUACCGAAGGGGCAGGAGGAGGAGGAGCCAGACCAGCAGGCAACGGAACAACGGCCAUAGGAGGCUCGCAGCAAGGACCAAAAGCAGGUGUCGGAGGAGCUGAGGGAGGUAGCGAAACCGAGGAGCAGAGAGAAAAGGCCGAGGAGAAGGAAAAAGAGAAGAAGGAGCAGAAAGAAAAGGCCGAGGAGCAGGAGAAAGAGGGCGAGAAGCAGCAAAAAGAGACCGCGGAGCAGCAAGAGGAGAUAAUCAAAGCAGCCCGCGAGAAAGACGCCGAGGCACAGAAGGAGGCGGCGGAGAAACAGAAGGAGCAGAUUGAGAAACAGGAGAAAGAGUCCAAGGGCGAGGCGGCCAGACCGGGCGAGGCGGCCAGACCAGGUGAGACGGCCAGACCGGGCCAGACGGCCAAACCGGGCGAAGUAACCAGACCUGGGGAGGCGAGGAGCGUGGAAGCCUCUGGCGAGAGCGCCGAAUGCGGAGAGGAGGCCAAGGCCAAGGCCAAGGCCAACGAGGGCGAGGAGUGCGCCGAAGAGGCCGAGGCCGCGGCCGAAUGA